AUGCCAGUUUACAUCGCAGCCGAGGGUCCAAUGCCAAAUACACUGACUGAUUUCUGGGAAAUGGUUUUUCAAGAACGUGCACCCGUUAUCGUGAUGAUUACUAAUUUGGAGGAAAAAUCACCUGGACUCACUGGACGAGUUCAAAAAAAAUGUGAGAAGUACUGGCCAGAUGAUGGCGCUAUUUAUGGCAACAUUAAUGUUUCGGUGAUAUCGACGAGCUGCCAUAGUGGCAUCCAAAUUCGCCACAUUCUUCUAGAGUGUGGUGGUGCAGAGCAUCACCUCAGACAUGUCUGGUUCACGAACUGGCUGGAUCAUCGUUUGCCCACGCAUCAUAUCACUCAAGUUCUCAAGGCGAUAGUAGCAAUGGAGACUUACAGAAACGAAUUUCUACAACUCUAUGGCUCUGCUGGACCAGUAGUCGUUCACUGCAGGUGA